AUGGAUGAGAUUGCCCCCGAGUAUGAUGUUGUGGUGCUCGGCACUGGGUUGACCGAGUGUGUCCUCUCGGGUGUUCUUAGUGUCAAGGGAAACAAGGUGCUUCACAUCGAUCGCAAUGACCACUAUGGAGGUGAGGCUGCCUCGGUGAACAUUGAGACUCUGUUCAAGAAGUACGGCAACGUCAAGCCCGGCGAGGAGCCCUGGAAGAAGUAUGGUCGCGUCAACGACUGGAACAUCGACUUGGUCCCCAAGUUGCUUAUGGCCAACGGAGAGUUGACCAACAUCCUUGUCUCCACCGACGUUACGAGAUAUCUCGAGUUCAAGCAGAUUGCUGGCAGCUACGUCCAGCAAGGCAAGGGUCCCAAGGCUACCGUUGCCAAGGUGCCUUCCGAUGCUGGUGAAGCUCUGCGCUCAUCUCUCAUGGGCCUGUUCGAGAAGCGGAGAGCUAAGAAGUUCCUGGAAUGGGUUGGUGAAUUCAAGGAGGAGGACCCCUCCACUCACCAGGGCCUGAACAUCCACACCUGCACAAUGAAGGAAGUCUACGACAAGUUCGGACUGGAGGACAACACUCGUGACUUUGUUGGUCACUCCAUGGCCCUGUAUCCUUCCGAUGAGUACAUCCUCAAGUCGGGUAUGGCUCCCGAGACGAUUAACCGCAUCCGCUUGUACGUGAACUCGAUGGCACGCUACGGAAAGUCCCCCUACAUCUACCCUCUCUACGGUCUGGGCGAGCUUCCCCAGGGUUUCGCUCGUCUGUCCGCUAUCUACGGAGGUACCUACAUGCUCAACACCUCCGUUGAUGACGUUCUCUACGACGAGAGCGGCAAGGUUUCCGGCAUCAAGGCCACCAUGAAGGACCGUGACAACGAGGCCGAGUCUAUGACUUUCUCCACCAAGACCAAGAAGAUUCUUGCAGACCCCUCAUACUUCCCUGGAAAGGCCAGAGUCACCGGCUACCUGCUGAAGGCCAUUUGCAUCCUAAACCACCCCAUUGACAAGACCGACGGCAGCGACUCGCUGCAGCUGAUCAUUCCUCAGUCGCAGGUCGGCAGAAAGCACGAUAUCUACAUCGCCAUGGUAUCGUCGGCUCACAACGUCUGCCCCAAGGGCUACUACAUUGCCAUCGUCUCCACUAUUGCCGAGACGGAUGCUAACCACCACCUGGAGCUGGAGCCUGGGUUCGAGCGCCUGGAUAAGAUCGAGGAGACAUUCAUGGGUGCCCCCAUUCCUCUGUAUGAGCCUAUCGAGAGCGGCGAGAAGGAUAACAUCUUCAUCUCGAAGAGCUACGAUCCUUCAUCCCACUUUGAGACCACGACUGACGAUGUGCGGGACAUCUACCGUCGCGCGACGGGCGAGGAGUUGGUCGUUGAGGGUCUCCGGGAGGGCCAGAAGCUUGCGGAGGAGUAA